UUCCCAGCCUGGUCAGAGAGCUGCAGCCGCUCAGGCGUCACCCUCCCUGCCCUGCGUGCGUUACUGUGCGGGAGGACCGGAUCUGCGGGACUCUUCUCCCCUCUUCUUGGAGUUUUUCAUUUGUUUGCUUCUUCUGUGUUUUUUCUUUCAUCGGGGGAAGAGGACCUGCUUAGUAUGAGAAGCUCCAUCCCAGCAUCUCUCAUCCACACAUCUGCUCAUUUUGUUCAUUCUGACCAUCCGACCUCAUUGUUCCAUUUUUGCGCUGCUGUCACCCUCACUCCUUCCACCUCCAGCUGAAAGCGGAAUAUCUCUGCCUCUCCGGCCCUGCUGGCUUUGGAUGUUGGCUCUUUACGCGCAGAGGGAUUUAUAUUUGUCUGCUCCUCUCUGAAGGAUGGAUGCUUGCGGCUUGAAGCGGGCGGAAUACUGAGGCGCUGCGCCCUGAGCGAAGAGCCGCCGUGCGCCUUGGAGCAGGUCCCUCUCUGCUGGAGAUGCUCUGAUGUUUGGCUCCCUAUGACCUGGAUCGGGAUAUAAUCUGAAGAUUUUUCUCCUCACCCACCUCCCCCCCACCCCUUUCCCCCUGGUUCUGCUCUUGCUUUUUUUAUUUUUUUGUGCGUGGACAUACACGGCGGCGCAGCCCGGAGGCGCGCGGACACCAUGGGGGACUCGAUGUGGAGAUAUUAUUUAGGAGUUUUCUUCCUCGCCUUGGAGCUGGACUUGUGUCGGCCGCUCAUCCUGGAGUCCAUCUACUGGAACACCACCAACACCAAAUUUGUUCCAGGCCAAGGCGUGGUUUUAUACCCGCAAAUCGGGGACAAGCUGGACAUUGUGUGCCCCCGGGUGGACGGCGGGGUGCCCGACGGCGUGGAGUAUUACAAGGUUUACAUGGUGCCCAGGGAGCAGCUGGAGAGCUGCACCAUCACCAAGGCCGACACGCCGCUGCUGAACUGCGUGAAGCCCGACCAGGAUGUGAAAUUCACCCUGAAGUUUCAGGAGUUCAGCCCCAACCUGUGGGGGCUGGAGUUCUUCAAGGGGAAGGACUACUACAUCAUCUCUACGUCCAACGGCACCAUGGAGGGCAUCGACAACCAGGAGGGAGGGGUGUGCAAGACCAAGUCCAUGAAGAUAGUCAUGAAAGUGGGACAGAAUCCCUCUGACCCUGUUUCACCCAAAGACAGCCCUACGAGAACACCUUACAAACCUCUCGAUGACAACAGGGAGUCGAACGAAGUUCCCGACCAACCUGGGAAAUCCCACACAGACGUCGGCGGAGGAGGCGGCAGCAGCGGCGGCGGGAAGUCGUCCAGCGCCAUUGGCUCCGAGGUGGCCAUCUUCGUGGGCAUCGCCUCGGGCAGCGUCAUCUUCAUCGUCAUCAUCGUCAUGCUGGUCCUGCUGCUGCUGAAGUACCGACGGCGGCACCGCAAGCACUCGCCGCAGCACACGGCCACGCUGUCGCUGAGCACGCUGGCCACGCCCAAACGGAGCGGAGGCGGCGGCAACAACAACGGCUCGGAGCCCAGCGACAUCAUCAUCCCGCUCAGGACUGCUGACAGCGUCUUCUGCCCGCACUACGAGAAGGUGAGCGGGGACUACGGACACCCCGUCUACAUCGUUCAGGAGAUGCCUCCUCAGAGCCCCGCCAACAUCUACUACAAGGUCUGAGGUGGAGACCUGGGGAAGCAGGAACCCGACGAUCCACGGACAGAGCGGGGACGCCAACCGGCCGUCCCGCCUUUCCUCUCUCUGUCCACCCCUCCUCCUUUCCUCUGUUGUUUCGUCGCUAGUCGUUUCCUCUCUGAGUUUCUGCUGUUCGGUCGCAGAGCGGCGAAGCAGCCGACGCUCGCCGUCAGCGUUCUGCUAACGAGUGGAUGGAUUUAUGGACGUGAGGGAGGGACUACCGCAGCAGGAAGUGGGUGAAGCAGGAACUAUGGCGGACACAGACUGGAAGCAGAGAGAUUUCCUCUCUGGGACUAUUUUUUUUUUCCGAUCACCCCGUCACCUCUCCACCCACAUGUCUCCCAUCACACACAAACACUCACAGAGACGGACUCACCGCUGUCGUCGACCGCAUCAUCUCUCCUCAUCCUCAGCUCCGUUUUCUCACCCGUUUCUUUUUUACUUGAAGGUUUUAGAGAAAACGGCGGCUUCUGUUUAUGUUCCUCAUCUCUCCCGGUUUUGUUCGUAUCUGUUUUUGCUUUUAUACUCCGGCAUAGUUGGAGUGCAGAUAGUUUGGUUUUUUACCCCCCCCCUGCCGAUUGUCUGGCGUGUCAUCGGACGUCACGCGUUGCAGCGACUCAGUUCAAACCGGAGGAGGUGGACCCUGCAGAGAGGAGGACUUUUUUUGUAUCUUACAUAGCGCAGCACUUUUAACACUCCUUACUUUAGCUCCUCCACGCAGAGAAAGAGACGCGGCGACGUCCGCAGACGGGACUCCAGUUCGCCUUACUGCUGUAAGACCUGGUGGAGGUUAGGGUAGCCGGCUGAAACGGUUCUAGGUACUGUAACUAAGGGUACCCGAAGGGCCCAAAAUUCAGCCUGACCGGUGCUCUCCUGUUCUGUUUUCUGUAAAGCACACGGGCAUCAGUUAAACCUUCAUUAGCGUUUCCUUCUCGUGAGUCUUUGCUUCUCUUUUGUUCACUUCAAAUAGAUGUACAUUAAAAAAAAAGGACAUUAAAUGAUGAAAAAACUACAAAAAUAAGAGGAUAAAAUUUAUUUAUGAUAGACACAGAGCACAGGUGUUGUCAGGCGGCGUGGAGAAGAAGAAGAAGAAGAAACUAACUUUAAUAUAUAAGGGGUAUAAGUGCACAUUAUGCAAUCUAGGUUUUGAUGAUUUGAUAUCUGUGAAGCCGCUCGGCCCGGAAGGAAAGUUCUGGAUCCGGCUCCAGUUAUCCCCAAAAUAACGUGCAGAGUAGCUGUUUCUCCCAAAGGAAUAAAAGUUCCCACAAUCACCCAGUGUGCCCGAUCUCUCUCCAUACACACCCUCCACCUUCACCAUGCAUGUGUGUUUGGUCAUGUGAGCGUCAGUGACUCCAGGCUUAGAUCCUCUACGGCCUCCCCCCCCCCGAGCAUCAGUCAGCCCAUCGCUUCCAUCCUCAUCCAUCCAUGAGCAUCGAAUUUCACCGAAAAAGCCAAGCCUUGUUAUUAACUGAGGUUUGUGCCUCUGAGAGGCUACAAAAUCUGCAAAUAUGCAAUUCUUAUUUAUUUUUUUAAUCAAUUCUAAGAAGAAAAAAAGUGUUCUUAACAACCGAGAGAUGUAACAACAAACCAACAUGACAAAAAACUAGCAAGAGUACGUCACACCAGUCUGUUUUCUCUUCUGUUUUGUUCUUUUUCUUCUGUUUUUCGACAACGUGCCGUAGUACAAACUGUGAAGAUAUAUUAAAUAAAAAAAGCAUCAGUAAGAGAACCGGACCGAUGUUUAAAGGUGUGGGAGGGGAAAAAAAAGACAAACACAAACAGAAAAAAAUGGCUUUUAGUUGCUUUCUGUCUGCGGCAGAAUCUGACAAUCUCCUUAGUUUCUUUGAAUCUGGCGUCCUUUUCUCAGCGCCCGAAUGGCCGCCGCCCGCCGGCCU